AUGGCGCCUGUGAUUGUCGCGCCUCCUCUUUCCAAGACUUCGUCGACAGUCUCUCGAGACGACAUCCCCUCUCAGCCACUAGACCCGAUCGAAAAUGAGGCGGAGCCACUUCCCUUACAUGGCUACGACCGGCUCGACGACACUCCUCAGUCGCGAGCAAGAAGCAGCGCCGGAGUAAACCAUCACACUGCCACAGCGACCGCAUUCCACAAACUGCCCGUCGAGGUCAUUCAAAGGAUAUUGUGGAUGGUAGACGCCAAUACGUUUGCUUCAUUGGUGCUAUCGAGUAAAGCAUGGUAUAGUAUCGCGCAGAACAAGGAGCUUUACGCCCAUCAUUUGUCACGAUGUCCUUCUUAUGCUCUGGCCAAUACGGUUAUUACGGGCCCCUUUCGCAAGAACGAUCUACUUCGACUCAAGUCAAAGUUUGCUCAGGAGGUUCGCCGCAACCUGUUUCAAGCCUACCUGCGACCCCGGCACACGCUCAUCAACCUCAUCUCUGUCAACGCCAGCUCCUCUGCUGCUCUACCUGGUGCAGAGGCGUUCCGAUUUUCGUUCUCGCCCAAUGGGCGGACCAUUCUCGCGCUUAGUUCCUCGAGGAUCUAUGUCAUUGACGCGACUAGUGACAUUAUCACGGUGCGCAGAGAGUUAAAGCCCAUGAGGAGGCCUCUUUCUGCUUCAAUCACGGACGACGGCUUAAUACUAGCAGUCCUGUCGUCCAAGUACCAAGCGAACAUCUACCAGCUGAACCCUGCCGGUGUCAAGCACUCGCAGGUGCUAGUCAUGGACAACCCUCCUAGGACGAUCACACUGGCUCCAGAAGGGACGGUAUUGGCUGCUGCUUAUGAUGCAGGUGUUGAAGUGUUCUCCUUGGCUCCCAGUGCUCUAUCCACAGACCGCCGGGCAGUUCGAAGUGAAGCCAUCGAUAGCUUGAACUUUUCUGGAGAUGGGUCGAUCUUGGUUGGAAGCACGCAGAGUUUAGACGAGCCAUCAGCAGUCGUCAUCACAGCUCCUUUCUACACCGAAAACGAUCUCCCUCCGAAGGAGGUACACAGCCGCAUGUGGACGACCCAGAUCCUCUUCCCGCAGAUUAGCAGCAUAUGCAGUCAUGCGGAGCUACUCCAGGGCCACACCGAGGGCGAUGCUAAUUGGCUUUUCGCUUACGACCACACCCUGAUGACCUACAGAGCAGUGCGCACCGAUGACACACGAACAGGUGUUGCCUACUUUUUGAACCCGAUCGCGAACGUACGGUUUGACACACCAAUGCCUUGUAUGGCUCCGACUGCGACGGCAUGUGGAACUCUUGUCGUGGCUGGCUUCGGCGAAAAUGGACUGUGGAUAUAUGGAAUUCCGGAAAAAUUGGACGUGUGCCCAGACAUGGGUUCUGUAGUCGAAAGAAACGAACAGCGACUCCGAGGCGGCGUUCGACUUACAUCGGCAACGGGACACCUUGAACCCUUGAUGGCCUAUUCCCCAUCCAUCUCUGGGAGCAGUGAGGAGAUAGAGGACGAUUCAAUAGCAGCCAAAGUGGACUGGCGGGAGAGUUUGUUUGUCAAAGGUCAACAGAUCCGAGGUUUCCAAGAGUGUACCGCGGCCAAAUGGGUCGAGAUUUCUGAAGAGCAAGAGGUCACUCUGACUGGAAAGAGACUGGUUGUGAUCGCCCCCGGCGGCAUUGACCAGUUCGUCGAAGAGCUUGGCGACGAGACUAUGCCCGUGGAUGGGUCACGCGUCGCAAUCCUAGAUUUCGAUUACUCGCCCAGUGCCGGGCAAGACCGCGAGAUCACCAUUGAAGUCGGUGACAAUGAACCGGAACUGCUGACAGAACAGAUGAGUGAUAUGGACAUCGAGGUCGCGAUGGAAAGACGCCGGACUGUCAGGGACCGAGGAAGAGGGGGUACCAUACUGCCCUUGGGCCGGUCUGCUACUGCAGCGGCUACGAAACAGGGCUCCUCAUGGGCACAGCGACAGACUGGUCCCUUGCGGCCAUCAUCUCCCCUGGAUAUCGAUGCACAAAUGGCUCAGGCGCAUGCUCAGAGUCAAGUUCAGCAACCGAAUGCAGCAAACUUGUACAGAUCUGCCACUGCGGCAGGCUUCACCACCGCCAGAUAUCCACCAAGACCGCCUCUUUCUACGCAGCAACAAGACCCAGCGUAUAUCCCGCAUCAGCCAUACCCUCCAGUCAACGUUUGGGAUUCCCCGCCACCGCCGUACGCCACCAACUUCUACGAAUCAGUCGAGCCGGGUAUGUCGCUGGGAUCCCCUCUUGGACAAUCUACUGCGGUGGUUAGCCACGAUCCUAUGGACGCAGGUUUAGGAGGUAUCUCAGAAAACGCUCAUCCAUCUGUCCAGAACCAGGUCCAUCCAGCACGACAGGAUUUUGACCACACACAUUUUCCUCGGCCAAGUCAUUAUCAGACGCCGGUCGCUUCGCAACCUCAUUCUAACCUAAACGCUGACUUCGGAUAUGCGCCAACAGGACGCUCCACCGGUCAUUACGGUUCGUCGACACAUGGCGCCUCUCAACAUGCGGCUAAUUCACGGUUGCCUUACAAUAGCUCACCAUCUGCGCUAGAUGCGCCCACAAAUCCGUCUCCCAAACCAGAAUCUCAUGAAGGCCAGGUAUCACCGUUGCUGACACCGGGAGGUAGCUCUCCCUUCAACGUGAAUCACCCAAUUCGAAGGUCGCCUGAUGCAAGCCCGACAGGCCAGCCUUCACCGCUGCCGACCCCGUUAGGCUCGAUAACAUUGACAGGUAAUAAUCUGCAAGCUCGUCUCAAUCAUCCCGUUCCGCCAGUCCCACCAACCUCGGAGGCAACGCGGACGCCACAAGGUCCCAUAGGUCAACCAACCGCUCCACUACCACUACCGGACAACAGAGAUCAGAAUUCCGCAGAAGCACCGAGUGCUCUUGCUGCUCAAUACUCAGUUGCGCCUCCCACUCCUGGUCAAAUGGCGAACCUGAACCGGCGCAUAUCGCAGACGAAACGCAAGCUUCUUGCCCCGACCUCCCUCGCCAACACGAAAACUCAUAAUAUGAGUGGUAAAGGUAGAGUGCCAACUCCUCCUCGCGCCGCCUGGGGGGCUGCCGGUACUCCUGGUUCGCCCUCCUUCAACAAUGCCAUCAACCUUCCCAAUGGGCUGUCAAGGAGCAGUUCACGAAAUAGCGGCCGUUCGAUUUCUUUUUCAGCGUCUACUCCGAAUCUACGUUCUUUAACGGGAGGAUAUACCGACCGGCCCCGGAUGGACAGACUCGAGACAAUUGAAAGCGUGUCCAGUUCGUACGGACCUGGCGAGCCAGGGUUUAGGUCUCACGCUGUUCCGAAUGGAGCGGGUCCAAAUACUAUCACUUACUCGCCGCAACAGUUCGCCAAUGGAUAUGGCCAUCCAAAUUCGCAAUCGCCUUACCAGCAAGCCGGGGCCCUUCAGGCAACGGUGUGGGCAGACAGCGGAGAUGGGCUCUUUGGCUCUGCAAUCCCCGAGUCCUCGAAGAAGACAAAAAUAAAGAGGAGGAAGGGUGGUCCAGAACUUCUUGGAAGAGCGCAGACCAUGCCUACAUCCACUGCAGGUGGCCCCACCCCAAAGAAGGAAAGAAGAUGUAUUGUAAUGUGA